UUUUUAUCACUUCUAAUUCUACAAAUGUUCAAAUUGAGAGAGUAAAACAGUCCAUUGAAUGAACUCGUUUGGUUUUUCGCCCCAGAUGAAACAAGGUGAGCUCUAAUGGCGACUGCAACCUAUCCACCACCGCCACCGUACUACAAGCUCUACAAGGACUAUGCAGAAAACCCUAAAUCUGCUCCAGAACCUCCUCCUCCCAUUCAAGGCACCUAUAUCUGCUAUGGGGCUACUUAUACUACUGAUGAUGCGCUGCCCAGUUUGGAAGAACAAGGGGUUCAACAGUUGUACCCUAAAGGACCAAAUAUAGAUUUCAAGAAAGAGUUGAAGUCACUCAAUAGGACCUUGCAGUUGCAUUUGUUAGAGCUGGCUGAUAUUCUUGUUGAAAGGCCAUCACAGUAUGCCAGGAGAGUGGAGGAAAUAUCACUUACAUUUAAGAAUCUACAUCACCUGCUGAAUUCGCUGCGGCCUCACCAGGCCAGGGCAACAUUAAUUCAUAUCCUAGAGCUUCAAAUACAGCGAAGAAAAGAAGCUAUUGAGGAUAUCAAAAGGAGGCGAGAAGAGGCACAAAAGCUUUUGAAGGAGGCACUCGGAACCUUGGAAGGACAGUAACACUCUUGUAAAAGAACUUUCUGUUAGGAUGUGAUUGUGCUGUACUUGAAAACUGAUAGAAAUCGUCUCAUGAUCUUGUUUACACUUUGCUUUUGUACUACAAUUAGAACAGAUCACUGAACACAGCUACAUACGUACAUCACUUGAAAAUUGGAGGGCUUUGGUACUAUGGAUGUUGUGUGAUCCUCCUGGUGGAAAAUUAAUCACAGUGACGAUUGACGACUAUAUCUACGGUGGCAUGUUAUCCUUGAUUUUUUGUAAGGAACAGCUAGGUUUAUUUUGUAUGAGACCUUGGGGGAUGGAUUCAUGUAUCUAAUAUAUUCCAUUUUCUCUUUUGAAUUCAUUUAUGGAAUACUUCUAUAUUAUUAAACUUA